CAACCAGUAUAUUAAUUUCUUUUUUGCAGGUGCUGUAUUGAUGUUUGUUAAAAUUCAUUAGUUGAGAUUUCAAAGACAACAUUAGGAAGAUACUGGUUCACUCUUAACGCAGACAAGAUGAGUGUCGUUCACGCGGUGAGGAAUUACAUCAUCAAGAUGAUUAAUGAGAGUGAACCAGGAUACAAAAUCAUGUUGAUGGAUAAAGAAACGACAUCAUUUGUGAGUGUUGUCCUGGGGAUGAGUGAGGUAAUGAGACAAGAAGUGUACAUGUUUGAGAGGCUCGAUCAGACAAGCUCUGGGGAAAACAUGUCGUAUCUGAAAUGCCUUGCGUACAUAAGACCAACAAGAGAAAAUAUUGAACUGUUAGCAAGGGAACUCCAGAAACCUAGAUAUGGAGCAUACUACAUUUAUUUCAGCAACGUCAUCAGUAAGAGCGAUGUCAAGCUUCUUGCGGAGGCAGACGAACACGAAGUCGUCAGAGAUAUCCAGGAACUCUAUGCCGAUUAUCAGGCUCUCGCACCGCAUGUCUUUUCACUCAACAUGGCAGUCCAUUCCCAAGGACUAAAAUGGGCAGCUGGCUCUCUGCAAAGAGCAGUUCAAGGUGUGGCUGGAAUUCUCUUCAGUUUGCAGUAUCUCCCCACAAUACGCUAUCAAAACAAUUCAGAAAUGACGCGUAGCCUGGCUGAAAAUAUCCGGCAAACAAUUCUCACAGAAGGAUCUUUAUAUAGCAACGUGGACACAGAAGGCGGAUCUUUGCUGCUGAUUCUGGAUCGGCGUGAUGACCCAGUGACUCCCCUCCUUCAUCAGUGGACGUACGAAGCAAUGGUGCAUGAACUGCUUGGUGUUAACAACGGGAGAGUAAACUUGUCCCAUGUGCAAGGGGUGUCUGAUGACCUCAAAGAAGUCGUGAUGUCACCUACUCAGGAUGAGUUUUAUGCGCAGAGCAUGUACCUCAACUAUGGCGAGAUAGGACAGACUAUUAAAGACCUGAUGGAGGACUACCAGAAGAAGUUGUCCAAACAGCAGAAGGUUGAGAGCAUCAAUGAUAUGAAACAUUUUGUAGAAAGCUACCCACAGUUUAAGAAAAUGUCUGGGACUGUAAGUAAACAUGUGACUGUCGUGGGAGAACUUUCGCGCUUGGUUGGAACACAUAACCUGUUAGGAGUAUCUGAAUGCCAACAGGAGCUAGUAUGUGGAUCGAAUCAUUCAGAAAAUUUGCAGAGAAUAUACCAGCUAGUAACAGACCCUAAAGUAAGAGAAGUCGAUGCUGUUAUUUUAGUCAUGCUGUACAGCUUGCGGCAUGAAGGCCACCCAAACAAUGAUGUGCGGGGGCUCGUCAACGCUCUUAGGAAGAGGAGUGUCGCUGAUCAUUACAUCAAGCUUCUGUCUUCACUUCUGGACUUUGGUGGAGCUAAGGCACGUCAGUGUGAUCUCUUUGGCACGCAGGGAGUUCAGGAUGUAUCCUCCAUAAAGAAGCGCUUGUUUAAGGGUCUGAAAGGCGUUGAUAAUGUAUACACCCAGCACAAGCCCUUGUUAAUUGAAACUCUAAUGGAAGUCGUGAAAGGACGUUUACGGGAAGGAGCUUUCCCGUACUGUGGAAAUCCACCAUCUUCCCCCUCAAGGCCACAAAACAUCAUUGUGUUUAUUGUGGGUGGUAUCACUUACGAGGAGACUGCUGCUGUCCAUCAAUUCAACACCAACAACCCUGGGGUGAGAGUUAUACUCGGAGGUUCGACGGUUCACAACUCCUCGUCAUUCCUUGCUUCUGUGGAACACGUUAUGGAAGGCAUACCACGAAAGGCACUCAGAAUAUGAGCUUACAUUAAGCUGUAUAUAUCGACAUGAUGUAUUCCAUUCCCGUAUAUAAACGUUGUAGCUUCUAGAUAAAAUAUUAAUUUUGAAAUAUUACCUAUUUACUAAAUGACAUUAUUUAUAUUAAAAAAAUUACACAAGAUAAA